AUAAUUCAAAUGACCUCCUUUUGGGGUGUACGCUUAGCUCCUGGAGAGUCUUUUUCACUACCAAACGAUGCAAUCAUUCAAUUGAGCCAUGUUACUUUAAUAGAUGAACCAAAAGGAGGAAAAACCUGUCUUCAAGUGAAUAUCAGAGGAGAUACAUAUGUGCUGUGUACUUUACAAAGAGAUUUGGUGGAAGCACAAAAAUUGACACACUUAUUUAUGCCUGAAGAUGGAGCAACCUUUAUUGUAACUGGCACAAAUCCUGUACAGAUUAUAGGUAAUCUUGUAGAAAUAAGUCAAGAAGAGUCAGAUGAAGAUAUGGAAGAUCAAAAUUAUUAUCGAUACAUGAAAUUAUUACAACCUGAUGAUUUUAUAUCAAGUAGACAACUGAGCAUGGAUGAUGAAGACGAAAGUAGUGAAGAUGAGGAUUAUGUGCCUGUAGAAGAAGAAGAGAGUAGUGAAGACGAAGAAUCCAUUCAAGAAGAUAAAGAAAAUCAGCUUCCUUUGCAUUUCCGAUUAAUGACUGAACUGGAUGGUGCUGAAGAUAGCAGUGAAGAUGAAGACUAUUCACCUAAUGAUGGGUACAGUGAUAGCAGUGAAGAUGAAAGAAUUACUUUAGAAGAAUUAGAUAAUAGUGAUGAUGAAUUAGAACAAGCCAAGUCUUCUACUACACGCGUUCAAUUUGUAAACCUUCCAUCUAUUAGUGAUAGCGAUGAUGAAGAAGAUGAAGACUAUGAAGAUGUUGAGGAUGAUGAUGAAGAUGAUGCUAUUGUGGAAGACUAUGACGAUAAUAAUAGCGACGAUGAAGAGUUGACAGUGACUGGUGAACCUCGAUAUGCAAACUAUCUUAGUGAUCUGUUAGGGCCUGAUUUACCUGAUGAAGACGAAGAUGAUGAUUUUAGCUCAUACGAACAAAACGCUGAUGCAUACGGUACACUAGCAUUCAGGGACCCAAGAGACAAUCAAUUCUUGGGUGGUUUCGAGUUACGUCACUUUAACCUCGCACCUAACUUUCCUGGAUUUGAAAAAGUCAAUUUAAGAGAACAAGAAGAGACAGAAGAAGAUACAUAUUUACACGACAACAUUGCAAAAGGCUUGAUCAAUGCAUUACUAAAUAGUGGGGAAGAGUUUCAAAUAAGGAAAGGAAGAGAACUGAUGAAGAAACUAAAAAAGCAGUGUAAAGCAAGAAAACGCAUGUAAAUAACAAUUUAUUCAUCUGCCUGACAUUUUCACAUAAUAUACACACAAUAAACCCUCUAUUUCUCUCUCUUUUUAUCUUUCUACAUACUCUCUUGAAUCGAUCCAUCGUACCUGAAUAUGCCUAAACAGGAAAUUUGUAAGACUUGAGUUUAUUUUGGCACUUGACAGGCAGCAGCAGCAGCCUUUCCUCU